UAUGACCCCGAUGGAUUGCAUGGUUUAAGUAAAACUGCAGACCGUAACAGAUAAAACGAAUAUUUAUCCAUUUAUCAGGAUAAAUGAAGAUAAUCAAAUCAGUUAAAGUAACUAAUUAACUGGGUUAGAUUCUUAGAUAAUCCAGUUCUUCCAACUUUCUUUCACACGAUGUAUGGUAAUACCAUUGCAUAUUUUAUAAUUUUUAUAUCCAAAUCCUUUGCGAAAAUUGGAAAUUCAAAAAACCGACAUCUUCGAUAUAAGAUUAAUUAUUCAAUAGCAGUAAAACCAAUAAGUUUUGACCAUAAUUAAUGUCUUCCCUUUGUACAACUGACCGCUACAGGCAAUAACCACAUGUACAUAAAUUUGAGGUUUCAUUGAUCCGAUUCCCAUCCUGUUGUGUAUAUAAUUCAUAUUGUAUGCACGAACUGAGAAUUAGACAAUACAUACUCCAAAUAUCUACAUUACAGUAAUACGGUAAUAGGAUUUUAUUAGUGAUAUUGGUGUGUUGUAUCAAAAAUACACAGUUUUACAUCUAGCUAAUUACCACAUUCAUCUUAAAAACAGACGUACGUCAGUGUUAUGUGUAAAUUAUUCCCUUUCCGUUUCCAUAGUAACGAAUCCUGUAAUAUCGGAAUGGAGGAACUAUAGUUAAACAUGGUUAUGAGAAAAACACGCAAAGUAUGUUGCAAACUUCUGCUGUGCACGGUGUGCUUAAUAUGUAUUUUUCACAUUCUCCUGACAGUUGAUGUAAAUAUGACAAAAAGAAACGACGAAAUACUGCAUUAUCCACAGGCUGGGAUGUUGAUGAACAAUAUAAGUUUGUUUAGGAACAUAUUGGCGGGAAAAGAAAUGAAAAACUUAUCACUACCAUCACCAUUGACAGAAUUUCAGAAAUUUUAUAACAACAAUAAUGCAGUUGACAAGAAGGUUGUCAUGUAUGGUCAAUCUACAAGGGACCAAGGUUGGUUCAACAGAACUUAUCUUCAACUUAUGAAGAAAAAAAUAUCAGGGACAGAGCUUAAAAAUUUAACUUUGCCUUCGGCACUCGUGGAUUUUGAGAGGUUUUACAACACCCAUUCUAACAUUGAUAACAGCGUUGUUCAGUAUGGUAAUUUUACUAACAGACAAGGUUAUCUAACAAUAGGGAUACCUACAGUAAAGAGACGACUAAAUGGGGACCACUACAUGUUUACAACUCUAAACUCUCUUAUAUCUAAUACUGACCAAGGCAGAAUGCAGGAUGUGAUUAUUGUCAUUUUUAUGGCAGACCCUGACGAAUCUUGGAAUAACGAAAGUGCAAAAAAGAUAUAUGAAGAAUUUAAGCCUCAUUUUGAUAGCGGUUUCAUGCAGAUUAUAAAAGCACCUGAAAAUAUAUACCCAGACUUUUCCAAUUUGCAAAAAACAAAACAGGAUUCGGCAGAACGAGUCCAAUGGCGAUCCAAACAAAAUGUUGACUUCGCCUUUUUAAUGCUGUAUUGUCAGAACCUUAGUACAUAUUAUAUACAAUUAGAAGACGAUGUUCUGGUCGCCUCUAAUUUCGUUAAAGAUAUCGAAAGUUUUGUUUUAAAUCGUACAGACCACUGGAUUUGUUUGGAAUUUUCCACUCUUGGAUUUAUUGGUAAAAUGUUCCAUUCAAGUGAUCUUCGAGUGAUAUCAUCAGUGUUGUUAACGUAUUUCAGCGAAACACCGUGUGAUCUUUUACUAGGAGGAAUUAUAAAAUUCUUAGGACAAAAUACUCCUAUUCAUUCAUCAGUUAGUUUAUUCCAACAUAUUGGUAAAAUUUCAUCACUCCGGAAUAAAAUGAUGCCUUCGAUAGACCGAUUUUUUAAAGAUAAAGGAUCAAAUAUUCUUCCAAUAAUGAAACUACCAAAAGGUGGUCAUCCCGAUGCGAAGUUUGAAACUAACAUGAAAAUCAUAACCGAUUAUCCUCCGGAAAAUGUGUAUAAAAAUAAUUUAUUUUUUUGGGCUUCAUACCCUAGAAGUAAACAGUAUUUUAGACUAAUUUUUACAAAAAAUAUAAAUAUGUCACGAUUAGUUAUUUCUACCGGUGAAAAUAUCAAUAAAACAGACUUCUUAGAGAAUGGAGUAUUGAAGGUUGGUUUUAAUAAUAAGCAAAAUAUUUGCAAUGAUUUGAAAGAAAUUGGUCGUUUCGUUGAAGGUGAAUUCGAUUCUUUAAUACAAGGAAUAGCCAUACCAGAACAUAUAAAAUGCUUGCACAUAGAAGCUAAAAAGGGACAAAAACGGUGGUUGAUCAUAAGAGAAAUUGAAAUAUUUCAAAAUAAAAGAUAUGAAAAAUAG